AGUGAUUCAUAUACUUCGUUUCCGUAGAUGGAGGUACCUGGAAAGAAGCGUGACCCUAACCUUGAAAAGGUUUCCGCAAACGCCACAAUUUACUGCCAGACAUGUGGAGAGGGCGGUAAACGCGAUGUAGCCGAGGGCUUCUGCCAUACUUGCGAGGAGUACAUGUGUGCUCCCUGUAUCGAGUACCAUAAGAGAUUGAAGAUAUCUAGGAACCACAUUAUGUUGUCUAAAGAUAAGAUGCCCUCCUUCUACCCGUCUAUCAAGAAAUCAGCUAUCGCCGACACGGAGUAUUGUAAAGACCAUCCGAAGGAGAUGAUCAAGUUUUAUUGCCCUACCCACGGAGACCUUGGAUGUGGUUACUGUGUCGUACUCGACCAUCGCAGCUGUAAAAUUGAUUAUAUCGCUGAUGUGGCUAAAGAAUUUGUCAUUGGAAAUGAAUUCAAAGAGUUGGAACCAUCGAUUAAACGAGCUGAAAAACUUUUAUCCGGGUACAUAAUUAAUGUCAAUGAACUUUCUUGCGAGGUCGAAAAUCAGGCUAUGUAUGAGAUAGACAGACUGAAAAGGUUCCGGGCAGAAAUAAACACCUACCUAGAACGCCGCGAGAAGGAUUUGCUCGAAAACCUCCAGAAAAUGAAGAACGAGGAUGAAAACGUGCUGCAUACCCUUAAAACUGAUUGUGAGUUUACAAAAACCGGACUUGAGUCCAUGAGGACAAAACUAACUUCAGCUAACAUCUCGGUAAACCAGAGGUACAUGACGGCAAGGCGUGCCCGGAAGGAGCUAAGGGGGAUUAAUGACAAGUUGGAGACGAUGGCGGAUAGGAUGAAGGCCCGGAAGUACCGGUUUACUAAGGACGCGGACACGGAGCGGCUGAUGGGAUCGAAAAUGGGCAUUGGAACACUGAAAGAGGUUGGAGAGUUUCGUAGGGAGAUUCCAGUUCCUGACCUAUCUACUGUCAGAUGGAAGAAUGAGGCAGACAUUCACGUCAGAACGUUACUGGACAUGGACGCCUGCUGUAUCACCAGCUUAGCCCUGUUCUCACCUGGUCUAUUGCUCGUGGCUGACUGGAAUAGUCUCAAACUGGUGAACAUCACCGCCCGCACGGUCACGACCCGCCUCCGACUGCCAGCAUAUCCCUUUGACGUAUGUGUGCUCCCUGAUGACCGGGCCGCUGUCACUCUACCGAAUAAAUCCAUAAUCCAGCUGGUGUCUACAAAGGGAGGACAGUUGUCUCGUGGAAAGGAAAUAAAAGUAUCAUCUGAGUGUUGUGGUAUUGCGUCCUACAACAAUAGAUUAUAUGUUUCCUACUUAUCAAACCCGUGUAUUGAAGUGAUUUCAUUGGAUGGUCAUAUUCUAAGUACAUUCCGAAUAAAUGAUGGAAAUUAUCUUUUCCAAACACCAAAUUUCCUGACUGUGUCAGCUUCAACUACGCCGACCCUGUACGUGUCUGAUAACGCUACCAACACCGUCCUUCAGCUGUCCAUGAACGGGAGGGUCCUGCAGAAGUACCGAGACAAGCAGCUGUUGUCUCCUCAGUCCGUGGUGGCGGUAUGUCCGGGUCAGCUACUCGUGUGUGGGCAGAGCAGCAACAACGUUAUGCUGCUGACUGAGAGAGACGGCAAACUGACGGAAAUACUUGGACAGAAGGACGGACUGAUCAAUCCUUACUCUGUGGCAUUCUGUCCUCGUACACGUGCCAUAGUUGUCUGUGUUUUCAUGAAUGACUCAUUGAAGGUAUUAAAAGAAAAAUGAAAGUGUUUCUA